GUCAGAAAAAAAAACAAAAAGCACCAGCAAACCAUGAUGAAUGAUCUUAUUUGGCUCUUUCUCUUUUCCUUUCUACCCCAUUUUUUUUUCCUCUUCUUUCUUUUUUUUGUUCUGUUUAUCCAUGCGUAAUCUUAUUGUAUUUGGCGGUUCUUCACAUCCCGAAUUGACAGCGGCUAUCUGUCGACGACUGGGUAUAUGUCCCGGAAAAACUAAACUAUCGAAAUUCAGCAACAACGAAACGAGUGUGGAGAUGCACGAAUCCGUACGAGAACGCGAUGUUUAUAUUGUUCAAUCCGGGUGUGGUCACGUCAAUGAUAAUCUCAUUGAACUUUUGGUCAUGAUCAAUGCUUGCAAAAUCGCUUCCGCCAAACGUAUUACGGUAGUUGUUCCUUACUUCCCUUACUCCCGGCAGGCCGAUGUUCCUUUCAAGCCGUCUGGCGCUCCACUCACUAAACUGCCCCCGGCUACUCCCAAAUACCCUCCGGAACCAUCCCAUCAACAGGAAGACAUUGCCAAACAAGUGCUGCGUCGUCUCGCUCAAACCUCGCUUCAGGAUCAAAAACCAGAAGAACCCAAAAAUCGUUACCGAGAAUGGGUUGCUCGAAGCGGUCGCUUGGUAGCCGAUCUUUUGACCUGUGCCGGUGCCGAUCAUAUUAUUACCAUGGAUCUUCAUGAUGCACAGUUCCAAGGAUUUUUCGACUGUCCUGUAGACAAUCUGAUCAGCAAGCCUUUGAUGAUCAAAUAUAUCCGUCUUCACAUUCCCAAUUAUCAAGACGCGGUCAUUGUUUCUCCGGAUGCAGGUGGCGCUAAACGUGCGACCUCUGUUGCCGAUCGUUUGUGCAUGGAUUUUGCUCUUAUUCAUAAGGAGCGACGACAGAUUGUCACGCAAAAAACGGAUCUCAUGUUGGUGGGCGAUGUGCGCGGCAAAGUAUGUAUUUUGAUUGAUGAUAUCGCCGAUACCUCGUACACAAUCACCAAAGCGGCCAAAAUGUUGCGAGAAAACGGAGCGACCAAAGUGAUUGCAUUGGUGAGCCACGCUUUACUGUCGGCAAAUGCGAUUGAAAACAUUGAUCAGAGUGCACUGGAUGAACUGAUUGUCAGCAACUCCAUUCCUCUCGAUCCUCACAUCAACAGUCCCAAAAUCAAAGUGUUUGACGUGGCCCCCAUUUUCACCGAAGCCAUUCGACGCACCCACUUUGGUGAAUCCCUUUCCAUGCUUUUUGAUACAAAACAUGAUCUCCUGUAAAAUAUCUCUUAUAGGUGUCAUUGAUUCCAAAUUAUUAUCCAUCAUUCGAUGUUAUUUUCUUUUUCAAUCACCAUCAUUUUUCAUGUAAUAGAGGAACACAGUAUCGCAAAAGAAUUGUAAAUUAACAUGUCUCUCCUCACAGUGAAGAGUCUCUUGUAUGCAUCCAUUGAACAGCGAUAAACAUUCAUGCUGGCCGUCUCAAUUGUACAGGCAGAAGUUCUACGAGACCGUUUGUCAAGUUAAUGACCCUAUCAACACAUACUUGAUAUGUACUGUGCACAGCUCAAAUGGAU